AUAAAUUAUUGUCAAUUCAUUACUCCUGCUUGGGUGUCGUGUGUCUGCGACUGUUGACUCGGAAAUUAUACAUAUUUCAUCCCAAUUUGAAAAAGGCCACCGAGUAUAAAACCGAUCACAUAUUCCUCGAUCUCCUUGUAAUUCGCCAACCUCCGCGGUAAAAGGACCGGCUCUUCCACACAUCAUUUUAAGAUGAAAAUCGUUGUGAUUGUUCUGUCGGUCUUGGUGGUUUUCACACACCAGCAAUUCUACCAGCCAUCGACGACGGCAGAGAGACUCUUUUGGUUGUCGCGUUAUUACUCACCACGGCCUGCCUUCGAUUAUUACAAUCGCCAGCCCGUUAACUACGCUGAUGAUAAUCAAGGCGACGAUGACGACUCGUUCCAUCCAUUUAUGCCACCAAGUCCCUCCGCAUUUCCACAAGCCAGGCCUUAUUUGAAUGCUGUGGAAAAUCCAAAUGACGAAGAAGGAGAGGAUCAGUUUCCUGUUCAAGUUCAAGGGAGAAGGAAGACGAUGAAUAGUUUCCCGACUCGUUUCCGGCCGUCAUUUUUGCAACCCAAACCGCAAAAGGACGACCCGCGAUUUCUCAUCAACUUGGCCAGUCCCAAUUUGAUAACCAGGAAAGUGAAAACGAUUACCUUCACGUUGACGUCGUCGUUGACGUUUACUAGCGUCCAGUCGUGCAUUCCCAGUGCCCAAUUUUACACCGGGGCGGCUGACAUCGCAUGUCGCCGGAAGAGACGCGGCGGAAUCGUCGCACCUCUGGACGCUCUGGACAUCAGCAAACCGGAAGACACUGAAUUCGCCAUCACUCCAACAGAUGUGCAGCCGGUGGAGCCGACGGAACUUACGUCACUGGAUCUGUCGAAUGAGCAUCACCAAUGGGCAAAAAACCAGACGUUGAAUCACGGACUCGUUUCUUCUAUGAACGAAGAUUUGAAUGCGGAUGCGACGGCGGAAUCGUUGGUGUCGACACCGGCCGUGCGUUCGAGAGGACAACGAUUCUUCGUCCACUUGGUGACGACAACUACUGUGACCAGUUACUCGUUUCUCUCGACGACCGUUACAAAGACCGUCAGCCUUUUAAACACUUUGUUAAAUCCCGGGGGAGGACUGAUUUGCCUCCCUUAUGGCUAUUCCGUCUGUCCUUACACCAGCCUUUUUCCUGGCUAAUGCUGUACAAAAAAAAAUGAAUAAUAUUACGCUAUUCCGUCUGCCAUUUUUACACAGCUACAGCUUUUCAUCGCUAUUAAUGCUUUACUCUUGUGAUUAGAAGAAAAAAAUCGCUUCCGCUAUCGACAAGUUUUCUGGGACCUUAUCAUUUUUCGUACUAGGAAUCAGCUUUUAUUUAUUUAUCGAGACACAUUUUGAAUUCUGGUGGUGGAAGUCAAUUUGGUUUCAAUAUUUGUAUCGCUCAUUAUAUUACCCACAUUCAUACUUUUUAAAAAUACAUCAAAUGUAGGUAGCAGUCGAUACGUAUUAAAAAUAAACGAGAAAACAAAUUGUAAUGCAAAUUAAA